AUGACAGAUCUUCUGGAAACGUCCCAGUUUAUCACAAAGAUUUGUGGGCUCCAAAGUGCUGACGCAGCUCAAGUGGCAAUUGAUGCUAGCUCAGUUUUGCUUGGAAUCAUAUGUGUGCCAAAUCGCAAGCGAACUGUUGAUCCAGAGGAGGCCAAAGAAAUCUCCAGUAAGGUGAGGGCAGCACGCAAGGAAAGACAACGAAGGGGGUUGGUUGGCCCCUAUCUAGUUGGGGUUUUCCGCAAUCAAAGCGUGCAGGAUGUAAAGAAGAUAAAAUGUGACUAUGGAGUAGAUAUUGUCCAGUUGCAUGGUAGUGAGGAUUGGAGGGAAUACAAAAAGGAGCUCCAGGAUACGCUUAUAAUCAAAAGAUUUAUUUUCCCGAAUGACUGUUCUCAAGUUGAAGAGCUCUCUCUUGUCGAGAAUCCUGGUUGUUUGCCACUCUUCGAUUCAGAAGCUGGCGGGACGGGUGAACAGCUAGAUUGGAGUUCGAUAUCCAAUUGGAGCGAACAAACGGGUGCCAAAUUCAUCCUGGCUGGCGGCCUUACACCUCAAAAUGUGAGAAGGGCCACUCAGCUGAAUGGAGUACGGGGCGUCGACGUUAGCGGAGGAGUCGAGACAGAUGGUAUCAAAGACAACGAUAAGAUACGUCUCUUCAUCAGUGAAGCGUCAAAAUGA